GUUUGCUUCACAGUCAGGUGUCCACAAAUGGUCAAUGAUUCUUGUGAACUGUGUCAAGGCAGAGAAUCCUGUCAACUAAACGUGAAUUUCUUAUGAAAGUGGAACGAUCAAGCCACCUGAUGGUUCGCAAAUUCGAUCUGGACUAGUGCAAUCGCCACCCCCGCGUCUAUUCGAGCUUGUUAGCGUACAGUCGUGUGUAAAAGUGAGCUCCAACCAGUGAACCUUUCACGUCUCAGGUGACCAAAAUGUAGAAGCAAUCACUCCUCCGCAAAAAUGCAAAUCGGACUUUCAAAUGUUUGAAUCACCUCUACCCUUGGACCCUCGAAUCAGACCCAAAAGUCUCAAAGGUUUUGGGAUGGCGGCUGCGAAACGAGCCUGGCAAUUGCAGAACUUCACCGCGCACGAUGCCUAUGUCACUAGUUUAACACUCGGACGCAAGUCUACAGCACUUCUGGCAACUGGAGGCGAUGACAAGAAAAUAAACGUUUGGGCUAUCGGAAAACCUGAAUGCAUUUUGAGUUUAACUGGGCUAUCAACAUCCGUGGAAUGUAUGCAAUUUGGAAUCACAGAGGAAACAAUAUGCGCUGGAUCAAAAGGUGGCGCUAUGAAAAUCUGGGACUUGGAGGCAGCUAAGGUGACCAAAACCCUGACUGGCCAUAAAGCCGGCAUUAAGUGUCUGGAUCACCACCCAUACGGAGAUUUCUUGGUGUCAGGAUCGUCAGACACGCACAUCAAAGUUUGGGAUAUAAGGAGGAAAGGCUGUAUUUACACUUAUAAAGGACAUGACAAGUCAGUCACAUAUUUGAAGUUCAGUCCUGACGGCCAGUGGGUUGCUUCAGCUGGCGAAGAUUCAGUAGUCAAGUUAUGGGAUUUGCGGACUGGCAAGUGCUUAGCCGAGUUUUCGGAUCACUCAGCACCGGUGCUGACGGUUCAGUACCACCCACAUGAGUUCCUGCUGGCUUCAGGAAGUGCAGACAGAACGUCAAACUUCUGGGACUUGGAGCAGUUUUCACUUGUCUCCUCGUCUGAAAAAGAUGCCGGCCCCAUAAGGAGUAUAUUGUUUUCGCCAAAUGGUGACUGCAUGUACGCCGCCUCUCAAGACUGUCUUCGCGUGUUGGGCUGGGAGCCGUCGCGGAUCUAUGACAUUGUGCCGAUUGGUUGGGGCAAAGUGCAAGACAUGGUGAUUGCUCCCAACAACCACAUCCUGGCAGCCUCCUACUUUCAGUGCAACGUCUCUGUCUACAUGGUGGACCUGAACCGCGUGGCGCCACUCACAUCUGAGUCGCCCGACGCGGAGGAAAAACCCAUAGAGGCAGGCCCAUUUGUCAAGGGCUCGCCAACGCGCAAGAGCUUCAGCAAGGAUAAAGUUCCGCUUAGGCUUAAAAUGGGGCUCAACGCGCCCAAGUCGCUAAUGGAGGAGUCAUCGUCCUCAUCGGGCUGCGGAGGCACCACCGACCAGGACGACUUCUCUGAGUUUGACGAGAAGGACGCGUUCAAACCUGUCAGCGCUUUGAGUCGCACGCCCCCGCCUGAACCUUUGCCAGAGCCAAAAGAAGACGAUGUGUCACUUUCGCCUCAAAUUCUACGGAAAGACUUUUCUGCCGAGAGUGGUGGGGAUUCUUCUCCUCCUGUAGUCACCAAGCUUCCGCAGCCCAAGUUUCAAAUUGGCUCGCCUGCGCGGAGAAAAAUGUCUGAAAAUGUUGUACUUAACAACAGGUUCAUGGAUCCUGCCUUUGAAGUUCAAGGGGGCGGCAGGAUCCGGCAUAGCCCUUCAGAACCAACCCUGCACCAGCCGUCGCCUAGUAGCAAGGUGCCACCCUCGAUUCCACCUGCGCAGCACAAGUCCAACAACCGGAACCAGCUACCGCCCAAAGCUCGCGGCGAAUUCUAUGGCUCGUCGAAUGACCUGUCGCCGAGACGUUCGAGAAAUGAACCCACCCUCCGUAAGCCGUUGUUGCCCCUUGGCAAGAUUAAAACCGAGCGCUCACCCCCACCGCCGCUGCCUCCGCGCGGCUCCCCCCGCGAGAGCAGCCGCAAGAUUCCGAGGAAGGCCAUGACUGUGCCGCAGUCCCCAGUGUCGGACACAUCAGAUGACUCCUUCAGCAUGCUCAGCAUUACAGAGAAGAAGAGCUCUUCCCUGGAUUAUGUUCCAAUGCUGGCUGAUAAACCGGCCGGCCUUGACAUGGGGGACUUUCUUCCUACGGGUAGCUUCAGUCCUAGAUUCGGAGGGGGUCUUCAUCCAGAGAUGUCUGAGGCUGAGGGGAUUUCUAAUCUGUUGAGGGAACAUGACCAAAUGACAACUGUCUUGAGGUCGCGAACUAGAAACCUUCAGAUUGUCUUCCAAACCUUAGCUAACAAAGAUAUAAAGGCAGCUGUAGAUUGUGCAAUAGCCAUUCAAGAUCUUUCCCUUAUGGUUGAUCUCCUAAGUGUUAUCACCUUAAGGCCGCAGCUUUGGAGUCUUGAUUUAUGUGCCCUGGUUUUACCAACUAUCGGCACUUUGCUACAGAGCAAAUAUGAAACAAUUUAUACCUAUUCUCCGCACCACAACUACAUGAGUGCGGCAUGCGCGUCUUUGAGGCUGAUUCUGCGCAACUUUGGCUCUGUGAUCAAGAACAACUCGUCAGGUGGCAACACGAUUGGCGUGGACAUUUCGCGCGAGGAGCGGCGAGCCAAGAGCAAGAAGUGCCUCGACCACCUGGUGGCCAUCCACGCGCUGCUGCUCAAGAGACAGACAUUGCAGGGGCCGCUAGGCAACUCCUUCCGCGAGCUGCAAACGCAAAUGGUCACCACUCUUGAGUUCUAGUUUUUGCAGAAAUUAAUCUUUUUCCAUGCCAACCAAGACUUAUUAGCUUAAUUUUGAGGCAACGACCCAAUUCAUAUUAUAUUGUAAAUGAUUAGUCAAGCAUUCCUAAAAUACUUCUGCAGUAGAACUUUUAUACAAGCAAACACCACCACCUAGAAAUUAUUUCGUUCUCUGCCAACCAAAGUGCAUUCUGUUUCCUAAUUUUGUGAAAAUGCGUUUUUGGGGAAAAUUAUGUCUGGUGUUUUAUUGUUAUUAUAACUUUGUUUACUUUAUGACGCCUCAUUUUAAAAUUCAUUUUGCUAUUUUAAUCUCCAAACAAAAUUUUCUCCAUGAACCCAAAGAUUCCAAUCAAAGCUCUCUUUUUCUCCAGAAAUAAAAACAUUCCAAUCAAAGCAUACACAAAGGUGGAAUUUUGAACAUCACAAAUUUUCUGAAUAUCGCAGUAAUUUUUGAGUAUUCUUUAUGUAUUCGCUUUUUCUAAAACCAAUGAACUAAUUGCAACUUGCCACUAAAUAAAGACUUGUAAUGAAAGUGAAUUUUAGGAGACCAAAAACUCCUGAGGAGUUAACGUGUCUACUCCUUGGCGUCGUUCGUCUUGCUUUUGCAAUGAUUUUGUUUUCUAUUUUGAUUUUGUAGUCUCUUGUUUUAACCUUAAGCGUUUAAUUUAUUUUAAAAGAAUGCAACCAAAUAAUAAUUUUUACUGUUAAUUAAGGUGAUAGUAGUUGAGUCCAUUAAUUCUUUGUUUAGUUUACAAGGGCGUACUAAAUUCAUGUCGAAUUUUCUAACUGUAACAACAAAAUAAUGAUCCCUUUAUCAACUACGAUGUUUUACAAAAAUGUCUCACAAAUAAUAAUUGUUUAAGUAUGACCUGUGAUCUAACAACCAUUUUGAAUUGAGUGUUUGAAGUUAAACAAAAAAUCAAGUCACUCAAGAAAAUCAAUUCUUGAACAAGUGAAUCAAUCCGGAGGAAUUAGCCAAGACAUUUUUAUCAGUAGAGUUGAAUCAAAUUUCAAAGACAUGCUAGCGUGUUAUUCAAAAUUAUAUAAUUAAAUUUAUGGCAUGCUAAAACCUAAGAUGUUGGGUUUUAAAAAAUGAAAAUUUUAGACAAAAAUUCAAACAUCGAUCACAAAUUCAAUUGCUCUCAGGUUGUAAUGUUCAGUUUCGCCAACUUGGAUUUUUAUCUAAAUUUCAUAAUAUAUUUAGUUGGUGUGUCUUUAAAUUUGAUGAAAUGUCUCGGUUCCCUCCGCCUCAAUAUCACUUUCAAAAAUUAAAAAAAAUGUAAAUUACGAUUGCAAAACCCUAAAACUGUGUGCUGCAACUCAAGAUUUGAAAUUGGAUUGUUUGCUACUUUCUUGACUCCACCUAUUCUGAUCCACACGAAAGAAAGAUCUCCGUCCAGUAAGUGGCUGCAGUUUUAUUGUAGCUCAGCUUGUGGCCUUAAACUUAGAAUCAGGAAAUCACAAUAGACGAUUUUGUGAGAUCUGUUGUUUGUUAGUGUGUCCUGCAAAGUAUGUAACUCGUUUAGAAUAAUCGCAAAAAUAUUAAUUAAGGAUGCAAAAACGAACAAAAAGCCAGUUCUUGAGUGCACACACUGUCAAAAUAAAUUUGUGAAAAACUAAACGAUUAAACAA